GUCACGGCUGGCGUCAUUAUAAGUAUCAGGUCCUCCCUUAAGUGUCUUACAGCCAUUGCUCUCGACCUUGGCAUCCCCAAUGUUUGCUUUCCUGAGCCUUCUGCUUAUCUACGGUUUUGCUGCAGCUGAGGCUCGGCUCACUCGCUCACAAAGGUUCAAUUCAAGGUUGGGUAAAAUUAGCGCUCUCAAUUCUCGUGGCACAGAUGCUAGCUGCUCUCUCACAGCGAGUGGAGGGGAUGAUGCCCCUGCCUUUCUGAACGCCGUAAAGAGCUGUGACACUACGACCAUUCCGCUAGGAACCACGUUGUCAAUUGCCACUCCUCUGAACAUGAGCGGUCUGCAGGACAAGCACAUCAGUGUCGAAGGAACAAUCAGGUUCACCAACGAUACCCCUUUCUGGAGCGGUAACGCCUUCUUUUUCGACUUCCAAAACGCGUCUUCGUUCUGGAUCCUUGGUGGGAAUAACAUCAUCCUUGAUGGCGGCGGAACUCUAGACGGGCAGGGACAAGCGUGGUAUGACGCUUUUGCGAGCAACAGCACCCUUCAACGACCCAUCAUUCUCACCGUAUUCCAAGGGACGAAUGUCACGGUGGACAAUGUGCAUGAAGUUAACAGCCCUUUCUGGACCAAUCUCGUCUGGGAAAGCUCGGAUGUCACAUAUAACGCCAUCAACAUCAGUGCCACCUCCAGUUCGUCUCAUGGCCCGUCCAAUACAGACGGCUGGGACAUCUAUCGCAGUGACAAAGUAGUGAUUCAGAACUCCGUGAUCAACAACGGGGAUGACUGUGUUUCGUUCAAGCCCAACUCCACGAAUAUUCUGGUUCAAUCACUCCAGUGUACCGGAUCUCAUGGAAUAUCUGUCGGUAGUCUUGGCCAAUUUGCGGGGGUGUUCGACAUCGUGGAGAACGUUACAUCGACUAACAUCACCAUGACGAAUACCGAAAAUGGGGCCAGAAUCAAGGCUUGGGCGGGUCCUGACGUGGGUAGCGGUAUCGUCAAGAACAUCACCUUCGACCACUUCUUUGAGACGAAGGUCGACAAUCCUAUCAUCAUAGACCAGUGUUAUAUGACCGACGCAUCAGAAUGCGCUGAGUUCCCCUCGAACACGUUCAUACAGGACAUCUUCUUCAAUAGCAUCACGGGGACGUCCUCUGGAACGACGGGUGCGUCGCUUGCGUGCUCCCCAGACGGCCGCUGCGACGACAUCAACCUAAACAAUAUCACCGUCAUGUCCUCGGCAUCAUCGAACGCGACAUUUACCUGCCAAAACGUAAACCUCACAGGGAACGCCGCUGGUCUCUUCGGUACAUGUGCGACUACAUGAACGAGUUCGACUGUGUUCAUGGCAUAGCGACCUCAUGACAGUCGCCGUAGGACUCACGAUUCGCCUCUCCUCCGAUGUAUUGGUUUGUACAUAUAUUCCGG